AUGCUUCACAGAUACAUAGGGGUGAAGGGGAGUCCAGACAAUGAUGUUCUGAGUGCAGAAAUGGCUAAACAGUCACAAAUAAGAUCAUUAGCAACAGAGUUCUGUGCUGUUGGUUUAGGUGCAUGCAGGAUGGGGGCAAAUGUACUAAACAAGAUCACCAGAGAAAGCCGCGACGUUAGCAAAGGCUCAAAGAAGUGGAAGUACGCCUGUUCGUGGUGGAGGGGAAUGGAGCAGAUGAGGAUGAGAGGUAUGACCAAGGACAUACAUGAUGCACAUGAUAGACUGAGAAGCGAAGAUGAGAAUGCCACUUCUGCUUUGUUCGAAAACUCUGAAGCCAGGUUUGCAAAACUACUUGGAGUUACCUCCUUUCACAGAGUUGUAGGUCUCAACAUACUCGAAUACGAGGACGAAAUACUGAUACUGGACUUUUCUGCAAGUGAACAUAUGCAUAAAGUCUCCAAGUUUGUUGAGGGCAUGUAUCAAUAUGCAGAAAACUAUAGGCUGUGUGGAGACCCUAAAGUUGAUCGCUUGGGCUUCAGGGAUGCACUGGGCAAGGGAGUGGAUUGGUUGGUGAGGGCUUUAAAAGAGACAGGUUUUUCUGAUGCAAUAGCUAGGUCAAUGAAACAGUCUGUUGCACUUCUUCAGAAUGAAUUUCACUCGGAAGCGGAGAAGCUCAAGACAGGUUAUGAAGACAAAACAAGGGCAAUGCGGGAGUCCAUACCAGAAAUUGUGAAACUCCGAACAUAUUGGCAUGAUAGGAUAUCUACUCUACCUAUCAAUGAUAGAGCAAAACUAGACAUAGCCAACCUUUAUUACUGUCUUCCAGCUCCUGAUUGUACCUUACCAUUACUCUUCAGGAAAGCCUCAGAGGUGAUGCAGAAUUCUAGAGAAAUUGACAGUUCUUUUUGGAGAAAGUUUAUGAACUACGUGAAGGCGGUGGAUUUCUGUAAGGCCAUACUUAGAGAAAGAAACUUUCCAAAGGAUAAGACUGCUGAUAACUAUAGUUUUCAUGAUGAGCCAUGGGCUAAAUCUUGCCUUCAAGGAAAGCUGAAGACGCCACCAGAUAAAGACAUGGGUAAGGUAUGGAUCUAUAGGUAUUACGAGUACAAAGAUCAACUCCCAACAUGGUACUACACAGCUGCUGAUGUAACUAGGGUCGAACCAGACAUUUUUCACGAUAUGGUGGCAUUUUCCGACAAAGACAGGGCACUAGGAAAUGAGCUUAUGUACGUACUUGAACAUGCUCCAAUGAUCACCCCAAAAUACCACCCAGAUGAUAUAUACAAGGCUCUUACCAAUGGAACAGACAGGUGGGACCGAGUAGCCGAGAUGGCAGCCAAGAGCGAAAACACUAAACCUGGUGUAAAGGUUCGUGAAACGUGGUCUGCAGAUGCAAUCACCAGGGAGCUGACCACCUGUUAUGACCAAGUAGCUAUUCCACUGAGCAUGCUUUAUGCGGGUGUAACAGCUACGAGAGGGGCAGGACAUGUCGCUAAAAUCUUUGAUGAGAUAUGCAAGUUUACUCGUGCGGACAAGAAAGGGGUUGCUAUAAUUGUGUCUAAUGAUGUCUCUGGAUGGAGUCCUCAGGCUGACAGAACAGCAUGGGGAGAGCAUCAUGACUAUGUUGUACAAACCACCAAAGCACCAGAGUGCCUUAAUAUGAACUCCAUGUGGACAAAGAUAACUGCAGUUCUCUCCAAAAGGGGCUACCACAAGAAAGUCGCAGUCCCAAGAGCUCUGUUUCAGGGAUGGACAAGAACAUUGGAUACAUUACUUAACGCACGUUUGUCGCUGUACUGUGUCCGAGAAGGAAGGUCUAAUGGUACAUUAACUAAGGAGGAAGCAGCGAUAAUAGCUGGAUUAAUUGACGAUGCAGUACAGGCGUUCACAUCACGUGAAAAUGCUCUUUUCAAAGCCUUCGAGGAAUACGAUAAGAUUCAAUGUAAAUUAGAAAAUGAAAACAUACAGAAUGAAUCAGACAGAGAAGUGUUUGAACCCCAGUAUUAUAAUAUUCUCUCCGCUUUAAAAGAAAAAGUCCAAACAUUAAUUCCCACCCCUAGCACUAGUAACACUAUCUCGGAUACUUCUUCAAAGAGGGGGCCUAGAAAAAUGAUUAUUGGAAACAUUGAUGUAAAGGAAACCUCAAAGCUGAUAAAUAAGGCCAGCAGAAUAGACAAAUUUAUGCAAAGGAAAGAACUAGAACAAUCCGUCCAACAUGCAAGCAACAUCAAUUUAUCAAAAAAGCGAAAGUCAGAAACUGAUAUCAAGAUAGAUCAUGAAUUGCCUUCCAUUUCCUAUGACAGUAUCAAUACAGAUAUGCAGUGUACAGAAAAUUACGUCAAACUUCCCACCUUGGCCAAAGUUUGUGACCGCUAUGGAUUAUCGGAUAGAUCUGCAGUAGCAGUGGCAACUGCAGUGCUACACGACCUUGGAAUUGUUUCCAAUGCCAAUACAAAAAACGUAAUAGACAGAAGUAAGCUGAGAAGAGCAAGAGAGCAAUCAAGAAAAAGUUUUACGCAAAACUCUGAAACUUUGAAAGCCAUAUACUUUGACGGAAGAAAAGAUGAAACCUUCGUAAUCGAAAAUAUUGAAGGCAAGUACCACAGAAAAACCAUACUCGAAGAACACAUUUCUUUAGUUCAAGAGCCGGGCUCUAUAUUUUUAGGUCCCACAGUACCCCUUUCUGGUUCGGCUCUAAGCAUUCUUCAAAGUAUUGUCAACUUCUUAGAAAGUAAUGGAUAUAAUCUAGAAGAACUAGUGGGAGUAGGAUGUGACGGAACCGUGGUGAAUACGGGAAAAAAAUGGUGCAAUUUCUUAACUAGAAUUAAAAUUAGGACGCCCUUUACAAAGAUUUGUCUGCAUCUUUUUCAGAAGCUGGACGGCCAAACUAUGGGUCCAAGAGCUUUUGCAGGAAUUAUAAGAAAGCAAAUAGUGCAGUACGAAAAUAUGCCAGUUGUAAACUAUAACAUUAUUGACUGCUCUUCCUGUAAGCAAGUAGUUUAUAGUAGAAAGGAGAUUUAUGACAUGGUAAAGGAUCACUUAAGAGACGGGUUAACUGAUCUGCUUAAUCAUCUUAAGACCGCGGUGUCUGAACGAAGUGGAAAAUCAAUAGAAAUUCGUGAAGACAUGAAGGCAUCAUUUUCAACAUUAUUUUCUAAAAUAAGGCAAAAAUUGCAAACUGUUAAGAGAACUGAGCAAAUUUUUUUUCAAAAAUACCAUGAUUGGCUUAUUAAACCCGUUACAUUUCCGAUAUUAGAAGUUGUAACAACUUUGGCGACAUCAGUUAGAGCAAGACCAACAAAGGAAUUUCUAACAUCCAGCGAAAGAUCCAAACGAAGAAAAACUGAAGAACUUCGUAGCUCAUUUAGUCCACAAGAAUUGGCAUAUGCAACGCAAGUAAGUCUGCGUUCUACUGGCCAACUAGCUGCAAGUAAGCUUGUUAAAGAAGCCGCCCUUUGUACUCCUACUAGAGCAUCAAAAUAUAGAAAAAGUUUUAAGGUUACAACUGAAACUCCUUUAACCAGUGAAGGACCUCUCUCAAUAUUAAUUGAGUGUAAGCUUUCAAAAAGCCAGUACCAGGGUAUACGGUUAAUAAGUUUGGAACAAAACUGCAAGCUCUAUCCUUCUUAUAAGAAAGUAUUGGAAGCAAAAAAUUUAUGUUAUCCUCCUCGGAGUUCCAUAAAAAUUACGGAAAGUAGCUCUGAAGUCGAACUACAGCAAUUAUUAAAUCACACAGCUCAACGUAUACUACAAACCCAAGAAGAAGUUAUUGCCACUUUGACUGAUAAAGAAUUGCAAAACUUAAAAUUUUUUUGCAAAUGGGGAUGUGAUGGAAGCUCCGGUCAAAGUGAGUACAAACAGACAUUUGAAGGAGAAAGCAUUUCUGAUGCCAGCAUAUUUUUUAUAUCGGUCGUUCCUUUGCAGUUAUUUUACACAGAUAUUAAACUUGGUAAAGAUAUAAUUAUUUGGAAGAAUCCUAGAACGUCAUCUCCACGAUUUUGUAGACCACUUCGAAUGCAAUUUCUUCAAGAAACGACUGAAUUGACGAAAUCUGAAGUAAUAUCUAGUAGUUACGAUAUUCAUUAUGACAUGUUUGAAAAUUUUUCUAUUGAAACGGCAAAACUAUUUGUUAAUUUAUAUCCAUGGUAUUACAUGCCCACUUCCGUUCAUAAAGUGUUAAUACAUGGAAAACAAGUCAUAGAAAAUGCUUUAUUACCUAUUGGACAAUUAUCUGAGGAAGCCCAGGAGGCAAGAAACAAAGACCUAAAAACGUAUCGUGCCGAUUUUUCCCGAAAAUUUUCAAGAGUGAAAACAAUGGAAGAUAUUUUUAAUAGACUGCUUGUAUCUUCUGACCCCUAUAUUUCAAGCAUUAGAAAGCUUCCAAAGAAAAAAUUAAAACAAUUUUCCCCAGAAGCAUUAGAAAUGCUUAUAGCCAGCGGUUCUCAAGAUCAAUUAAGACUUGACGGAGAUGUAGAUAGUGACUCUGAAACUGAAACCGAGUUAACUGUUAGUAGUGAUUCAGAAUGA